GUAAUCGUUGUCUGUUCGGCGUUGAGAGCCAAGCGCUGGGACUCUUGACGCCAGUGAGCAUGAGUUCCAAAACUCGCAGCGAGAUCGAGACACCGAGCCAAAAGAGACCAAGGACAUCGGUCGAGGGACCCCCGAGAACGAUUGGAAAUGCCCACAUUGACGGGGUUCAAUCCGCUGACAGCCAGUCCCUCUGCCAACAACUCGAAGGGCGUGCGGCGUCUCCAUGCGCGGAAGCAGCGGGACAAGUCGACGACUACAAGGCGCGGGAACGAUUCAGCUUCGAAGCCAAAGACCUAGGGAGCUGGAGCGGUUACGCAGUGUCGUUGGCGACCGAGCUCUUCAGUCAGCCAGUCGACGUCGUGUCGAACCGCGAGCGCGUGCAACUCGCGCUGGCGCUCCUCAAGGCUACUUUGAUCAACCAUUCGACCCCAGCGUGGCCCAAGGGCUGCGUGUUUGAGGCUGCCGACAUCCUCAAGAAACCUGGUGCUCCCGUUCUUAUCCGAUGCACUUGGUACGCUGAAUCUCCAGCUCCAAGUUGGCGACCCAGGCGGCGACGACAUGGACAUCGAGGACGGCUCGGUCGCGUCCGAGGAAGAACUUCGGGAAACAUACGGCAUACAGAACCAGGUCCUCUACAGACUCGGCGUUGCUCUCCUGUCCAUCGGGCUGUGGGCCAAGAUCGACUGGAGAGAGUUUGCGGCCGUUCGUCGCAAAGCAAGAGCGCUCGAUUCUCUUGGUGGUGCCUACAGAAAAGCUGUAGAAAGGUUGAUUUGGGCAAACUUCAACGUAGCCGCUCCCACGAAUCUCGACAGCGAGGAUUUACGGAAGGAAAUCAUUCAAACUGUCAUUUGUCCUCUGGAGAAAAAAGCAAAAAGGCGAUGAGAGCGUCAUUGUAGGGCAACUCGGAUCUGGCAUAUGUAUGGAGUCGUUUUUGUCUGGGGUAAUUAUGCCAAGAACAGCAGGGGUUCGAAGCAGCUUGACGGAAAUCACAAAAGU